AUGCCUGAGUCUCCAAGCGAGCUAGGUCAGAUACAGUCCCUUCGUCGCUCCGUCACCCUUCCCGUCAAAUUAAAUCCGCUCUCGCAGCGUCGCGCGAGUGUCCCAAAUACCCCGGAGCAUGUAAUUUAUUAUCACCCGUCGGCGAAAAUCGUUCAUUUUUCUCCAAGAGCACUCGCCCCUAUUCCAUCCAGUUCUACCCCAUCCGACUUCGAUUACCCCGUGGACACCAUCGAAACACUUCCCUGGCGCUCUGCUACUGAGCGAACGGUCGCAACAGCGCCGCUACGACUGGAGAAGGUCCAAGGAUCUACCGCUUUCCUGAAAUGUGGCAAUGUCGUCCAUGCGAUUUUGAAGAACUCGCAGUGUUGGUGUGUUGACGGGGUGUCCAAAUUUGUUUUGCGCAUUCGACCUCUCACAUAUUAUCGCAUCGAAAUUCCAUACGAGACAGGGGAUGAUCAGAGUUCGGUACAGCAACUUAAGGUCGCCCUACCCACCGUGCUUCGAUAUGAAGUCACACCAUGUCCUUUCAAACGCUCCUUUAGUGUCGAGCUGCCUAGCAGUUUAAUCGCGCCGCGACGUAAGAAGGCUUGGAGGCCCAAAGACCAACGACCCAGUGUUCCCGCAGUAUUGGAGUUACCCCUGGAGGCAUCUUCGCCAUCCUCAACCAGGUCGGAGUGGGCCGAUUCUGCAAGCACCGGAGAUGAUACAGAUGGCAACCUGACCGAUGACAGCUGCUUCACGUCGCACAAAUCCAACAGCACGAUUUCGGAGUUUUCACAUGAUAACCAUCAUCUGUCUCCUGCCGACACACCGAGGCCCUCGUCGUCGCACAGUAUCUCUCGGCGUUCGGUGUCGGAAACACCACAGACCUUCACCAGUCUGCUUGCAAAGUUCCAAGCCACACCACUCCCAGAGGAUUGUGAUUCAGAGUCUGGACCAGAACCAACCCCCCCACAGAAUGUCGAGAACCCAAUUUCAAGCAGCGUUGAAGUCAGUGCUACCCCGACGGAUGAUGCGCCUCUCUUGCCAGCCGAGGAGGUGACUCGAAGCUCUCCCGGAUCGAAUGGUACUGCUGGAUCCCCAGCCGAGGUGGAGCCACAUACCGAAGCCGAGCCCGACUUUGGAACUACCUCACAACAACAAACUACUGUAUGGCCUGAGAGUACAGUUACGGCCCCAACUGAAAGUGUGCUCGAUACAGAAACGAUCAACUCCACUGAACCUCAAAUUGCAGUGGAACUUCAUGAGCCGCUACGGGAGGAGACCGAGGAUGAUAAGAUAGAAAGCCUCGCUGAAAUUACCUUGGAGGUUGACCAUGAUGCAUCAUUCAACUCCAGCCCCGAGUCAUUCCAUUCUGCUGAGCCUCAGUCACCCGACUCCGUUUCCACACACCCUACUUCUGUUGGAGGUCAUGACUUGCCGGAUCCCACGGAUAUGUUCAGUCUUCCCAGUGCCAAGGACUUAAUCAAUGAAUCGGAGUUGGUGUCAGAUCAUUUGUGUGAGAAGUCGACGCUUCCAACGGUCGACCAAAACCAUACAGACAUACCCACUUCUACAUCAGAUCAUCUCAGUCCGAAUGAUCUACCUAAGGCCAUUUUCAAUAAAACCUUGGAUGCAUCCUCGUCCGUGGCUCACAUCAGCGGAGCAACUCCCUCCACUCGGACCAAAGACAUGUCACUGGAAACCAAGAUGCCAUCUCAGUCUCCCUCUAAAGCUCCAGCAUCGAGUACAGAUUUCAACCACAUGAGCACAGAAUUUCGGCGUCGUGCUCAAGCGACCAGAGAACGCGAAGUAUCACCGAUGCCUCAUUCUUCGGCAUUGUACAAACCAUCUCCCGGCGAUGACGCCAAGUCUUUCAUUUCCAAGGCUAUAACUCUCGUUCUAAUCCCCCCUGCCUAUCUCUUCAUAAUAAUCCUCCACAUCGCCGCUCGAGUUGUGAUCAAUCCCCCGCCGGCUCAACCAGCUGUCAGCUUUCAACCAAGUGGCUCGAAUUCCAAUCCUCGGAAACCAAACCGAAGUCCUGCCUCUGGUGAUGAUUUCGAUUUUCCGCUGGAACCUCAAAGCUCCUCGGAGUAUGAGGAUGCCGAGAUUGCGAGGAAGCUUGACCCUUGGGACCUGGACUAA